ACAGAGAGAUAGAGCGACUGCAAGAUAUGAUAGAGAGUGUGACUACAUCAGAACCAUCUGGUGUUGAAUAUGAUAACUCACUUAAGGAUGUUUUCUACACAAACGUUCAGGUGAACUGUCCUGACAAUCCAAGCACAACUCUUCUUACCCAAGAGAACAAAACGGGGUCUACAGGAAGUGACGUCAGUCAAUCUCGGGGGAUGGGAAUUUUCAAUUUUUCGUUCCUAGGCAACUUUAAAGGAGGUGUCAAAGGAAAAUCGGUACAGAUUAACAGGCUGUAUACAUCAAAACAACAAGCCCCUCAGAAACAAAAACUCCGUCGCCUGAGUUUAAACCAAAAUACCCCCGAAUCCACUCGAGGGAGUUUACCGACAAUCAUAAUAUCGGGGGAAAAGCAAAACGAGCAAACUAGCUGUGUGAGUCAAUGUCGUUCUCACCCCGCCCUUGGACAAAUAACAUCAAUGUACAGUCUAGAAGAAAACUUACCACAGAACAGUCGAGAGAGGCGUUCGGACACUCGUUUGGCCAACACUGGUCAUAUGAGUGGUGAACACGAACACACAAAAUUGAAUAAAACAGCUAAGUUCAGUCUCUCUUCAUCUAGUUCCAUUGGUGACUUGAUCGUCAGUGAAGAUACUUGGGUAACAGCACCUCCUAACUCCAGUUUACUAUCCUCUCCAGAUGACUGCUUUGUAUCAGUGAAAGACAUUUUUGCUGAAAUAAACGAAUCUAAGUCUGAUGAACCGGGACCUUUGUUUCCGAAUGAUGUUAGCUUAUCGAAUAGGUCAUCACGUGACCCCGAAGAUAGAGAAAGUGGCUUCAAGCAGCUCGUCAAUGAAAAAAGACAAAAAGCUGAAAAACUUCGGGAGGAAUUGUAUAAACUGGAGAGGGAGUUGAUUCUUCUGGAAAUUGACCAAUCAGACGGGGUCGACUUAUAAGAAACAAAAUAGGAAUUUCAUGUCCAAUCUAGACCCUGGUAAAUUGGAGAAAGGGGUUGAUUCUACUAAAAAUUGACAAAUCAGAUGGAAUCGUUUAUGAAUAUAUAUAUAUAUAGAGAGAGAGAGAGAGAGAAAUUUCAUGUCCACUCCAAACCCUAAUAAAGUACUGAGGAAGUUCAUUCUUUUCGAAAUUCACCAAUCAUACGGGAUCGACUUAUUGAAAGCAUAGAAAUUUCACGUCCAAUCCAGUCCCU